AUGGCUUUGACCUCGUGGAAAACGUUUAACUUCUUCGACGUCGCCCCUGUCCAAUUCCCGGACGACGAUAGCUCGAUCUUCAAUGGGGACAUAAGCAGCAUCUGCUCUGGCUCUGAGAACCUCUUCCUCGGCACAUCCGAUGGCAUCGUCCACAUCUUGUCGCAGACCUUCAAGGUACUGCGCACCUUCAAAGCACACGACACAGGUUCCAUCACGCACAUGAGGCAGGUUGAUUCCACCUCGCUGAUCGUCACCAUCUCGGAGGACCUGCUGAACGACCCGGUGUUGAAGGUCUGGGCGUUGGAUAAGGAAGAGAAGAAAACCGGGUCACCGAAGUGUUUGUCGACGGUCCAAGUGCACAAUGGACGGAGGCAAUUUCCGGUAUCCGCCUUCGUCAUCCUCCCAGACCUAUCCCAGCUUGCUGUCGGCUUUGCAAAUGGCUCCGUCACUGUGAUCCGUGGCGACCUAAUCCACGACCGAGGCGCAAAGCAACGCACAGUCUUUGAAUCCGAAGAGCCCAUUACCGGCCUGGAAAUCCAGCACGGGCCCGUAACGACCCUCUACAUCGCUACGACGGGCCGGAUCCUCACACUCGUCAUUGCGGGCAAGGGCCAGGGCCAACCCGCCCGCGCGCUUGAGGACCUAGGCUGUGGCGUGGGUUGUAUGACGAUCGAUCGCGAAACGGGCGAUAUAAUACUUGCUCGCGAAGAUGCGAUAUACACAUACGGCGUUUCUGGUGGCCGGGGUCCUAGCAUUGCGUUUGAGAGUCCGAAGACGUCCAUAAAUGCGUUUAGGGAUUAUAUAGCGCUCAUCUGUCCGCCUAGACCGGCGUUGCCGAAGUCUUCUGAUGCACUCCGACGGCUUGGUGGUAGCGGUGGUGGCGGACAGGUUGAUGAAAUCUUGACUACAUCGACGUUUACGAUAUUAGAGCCAGAUUUGAAAUUUGUUGCUCACACUGAGUCAUUCCCAUCCAGGGUGAAAUAUGUGUUUAUGGAGUGGGGUGAUUUGUUUAUUGUUAGUGUGGAUGGGAUGGUUUAUCGAUAUCGUGAAAAGUCUCUCCAGCAGAAGUUGGAAAUCCUCUACCAGCGAAACCUUUAUAUUUUGGCUAUCAAUCUUGCCCAGAAAGCUGGUAUUGAUACGCUACAGCAAAAUAUCAUCUUCCGCAAAUACGGCGAUUAUCUAUAUCAGAAGGGGGAUUAUGAUACUGCAAUGCAACAAUAUCUACGCGCAAUUAAUAAUACAGAACCCUCCCAGGUUAUUCGAAAGUUCCUAGAUACCCAACGUAUCCACAACCUUAUCGAAUAUCUCGAAGAGCUCCACGAUCAUGAAAAGGCGACUGCUGAUCAUACAACGCUACUCUUGAACUGUUAUGCAAAGUUAAAAGACACCAGCAAGCUCGAUUCGUUCAUCAAGGCUCCCGGUGAACUGAAAUUUGACCUAGAGACUGCCAUUGCGAUGUGUCGACAGGGCGGUUAUUACGAGCAAGCUGCAUACCUAGCGAAAAGACAUAACGAAAACGACAUGGUGAUCGACAUUUUGAUUGAAGACUCUCGGAAAUAUGAAGAGGCAUUGAAGUAUAUCUGGAGUCUGGAGCCUGAUAUUGCAUAUCCAAACCUCAUGAAAUAUGCUCGUGUUCUCCUAGGCCAUUGCCCACAAGAGACCACAAAGCUUUUCAUCCAGUAUUAUACAGGUCGCUUCCGACCCCGGCGAACAGCUGAAGAGGAACCGGCAGAGAGACCCCAACCACAAACCGGAAGCGCCAUCCAAAGUCUAACCUCCUUCAUCCCAUUGCCAGGAUCACAGGGACCGAAAGCCCCGGCUGCCCAGCCGCAAUUAUCCCCAGAGCUCGAGUCACCAAUUCAAUAUGACAUACCGAAAGCGCGUAGUGCUUUUUCAGCAUUCGUGGAUCAGCCGCAGAAGUUUAUAGAAUUUCUAGAAGAGUUGAUUAAACAGCAUAAUCUGAAAGAGGAGGAUAGGGUGGAUCUGUAUACGACUUUGUUUGAGAUGUAUUUGGAUACGGCGAUGCAUACCAAGGGGGAUGGUGAGAGGCAGGAGUGGGAGGGCAAGGCGAAGAAGUUAAUUGAAGGGAAAAAUAUUCCCGUAUCCACCUCGAAUGUUUUAUUACUCUCCGACCUCUCGAAUUUCCGGGAGGGUACGACCCUAGUCCGAGAACAGCAAGGCUUGUGUUCGGAUAUAUUCCGCUCUUACACCUCGGCCAAAGACACUGCUGGCGUCAUCAAAGCUCUAAGAAAAUAUGGCCCGCAAGAGCCUCAAUUAUACAUCGACGCCCUAGCGUACUUCUCAUCUAGUCCGAAGAUCCUCGAAGAAGCCGGCGACGAGCUGCAUGAGGUUCUCAGAAAGAUCGAUAAGGAUGGGUUAAUGGCUCCGCUGCAGGUGAUCCAGGCACUGAGCAACAAUGCGGUGGUGACAAUGGGAAUGAUAAAGAAGUAUCUCAGCGACAAUAUCGAGAGGGAACGGAAGGACAUUGCAAAUAACCGCUGCCUAAUAUCCAGCUACACUGCCGACACCGAGGCAAAGCAAAAAGAAAUCGACGAGCUAGGCACCAGGCCCUUCGUCUUCCAAGCACGCAGCUGCUCUUCUUGCCACGAUAGACUAGACCUGCCCACCGUACACUUCCUCUGCAAGCACUCAUUCCACCAAAGGUGUCUUAACAGGGUUGAUGAGGACGCUGAGUGUCCUGUAUGUGCGCCGCAGAAUGCGACUAUUCGAGCUAUCCGCGAAAGGCAGAUUAAGUCUGCUGGCCAGCACGAUAUGUUUAAGAAACGAGAAUUCAAUUAUUGUAAUUGA